AUGGCAGAUAAGGUAAAAGACAUAAAUCAAUAUAAUCAAUUGAAAUCUAAAUAUAUCGGACUUGGAAAUGCUGAUAUCACGAGGGAAGAAUUUAUGACAAAUGUCAAUCGGGAUAUAUAUUCAUCGUUGGCACAACAUGAUAAUAUUUUAUACUAUAAUUCUGUAAUUAUUAACGAGCCAAUGGAAUUAUUGAGACAGAAGAUGAUUAAAAAGAUGGCAAGCCCCAUUCAGAACAAUGCAAAAAAGCCUGAGAAUUGA